AUGAUAGACCCAAGGACCACCCUCGGAAAGCCGCUACUCUUCAUCCUUCCAAGAAGAUCAGAAGACGAAGAGAGGCGAACCAUCGAAGUCCCACAAUACCGAGGACGGAAGAGAUCUUAUUCGAGGUCGCCAUCAACUUCAUUGGAGAGGAAGCCGGCACAAAGGGCAAAGCCGAGCGAAAGCCCGGCUCAGUCCGAGCUGCUAGCUGAGGUAAUCCAGGAGCUUGCGAUCACGCGAGCUCCGGAAUCCUCUCGCCCCACAGAUGCAAAACCUCCAGUUCCCGAGGAAGCCCACACUCGAGCACCCACCAUGCUCGAGCUUAUUUCAGCUAUAGCGAAUGGACGCGACGUCACCGGAGACUUCCCGUUCCAGGCCGAGGAAGAUCCAAAGACGAUUGUAGUGCCGAGAGAGUAUCGACCAGCUGUCCAAUUACUCCAUCAGAUCACCAUGGCACUCUCGACGGACUACAUCUUCAGUUCGGCGCAGCUGAGUCACGCAGAUUUUGUCGCUCUUGACAAUUUCAUCCACAAGGACUUCUUCGAACAGGUUCAGGUUAAGUCGAUCCAUCCGCAGAAGAGGAAGGAGUUCGGAGAUAGUUCAUCACACUUGAGUGCUCUACUCAUUUCUGGCUCUAUGGAAGGACUUGUGCAUAUGACCGCAGAUGCCACCAACUAUCUGCAGGAACUAAGUCAUAGGCCGCAGCCAGGUCCAGAAGAUAUUACCAACCGUAUGGACAUCCUCUUCACGAAUAUCUACAACAUCAACUUCCGACGAUACGAGAUCCUGAGAGAAGUCAUGCGAGUAUUGUACCUGAGACCUGAGCAGAUCCAGUCCAGACUUGAUCCUUUGGCCAAAUAUGACAUCACAUCCCGCAAGUUGGAGGCUACCAUUCAUGCAGCGAACUUGAUCGUAGCACAAAUGUCAAUUGUGCAUGAGUGCUACCGUGUAGUUCUCAAGGAGCAGCUGCUAGCCAGAGGUGUUGUAGACCCCAUACUACUACCACCACCAACCACAGUGACUCCAGCCGCACCGCAAGUUCCGAAGCCACGGAAGAGGAAGACCAAACCGAAGUCACAGCUGGUACAGGCACCUAAACUUCCACCACCACAGCCGCCACCUAGCAUCCUGCAACACACGGUUCGGGAGUUGCUUCAGCGGCCCUCUGCUUCCACAGCAUACUCUGACCUGCAAAGGGCGCUCGAAGCCAUCGUCCAUCAGAAAGGAGAAGAACUCCAGAACGGCGUGCAGGCCGACGGGCAGAGGAAACCACUCGUUGUCACUUCUGCAAGGAACGACAUUCGCCUUCGAGAUGUGACGUCUAUCGGCGACUGA